ACUUCUUUCCCCCCUUUUCUUCUCCUCCUUCCUUCUUCUCCCCCUCUUUCUUAACGUUCCAGCUGCCGAGAUGGCGAUGAACAGCAUUCUCAACGCUGCCGAUAUCAAGAAAGCCCUAGACGCAUUCGCAGGUGACCAAACGUCAUGUUCUUUUCUUACAUCACAUUUAGGAACAGUCCAGGACUAAGAAGCAUUCUCAAUGAAGAUUCUCCAUUGAAAGAUUUAGUUUUUUGUCCAGGACUAGGCUUAAUCUGUGUAUGGGAAACCAUCCCAUAAUGUGUAAACACUGAAUAUAGGCAAAAUAAAUGGCUAAAAUGCUUAGUAAAGGUAUAAUUCACUUCUUGUAUUGCACAUUAGUGGCUAAUAUGUGUUCUCUAUACUAAAGUGUUAACAGGCAGAUCCCAUUGGUCCAACAUACACAUUGGAUGUGUUCCAAAUAGCACCCUAUUCCCUAUAGUACACUCCUUUUGACCAGAGCCUUAUGGGAUCAACACAUUUUUACAUAAUUAUGAUACUGUAAUAACACAUAUCUGACAUAAUUAUUACCGGUAUACUAUAAUAACUGGUAUUGUGUAACACAUCUGCCAGAGGAUGCCAGCUAGUCCUGGGGUUGGCACAGUCCUCUGACCUAUAUAGUUGAUGUGAUCACUGGCACAACACAUGCUCUGAAUCCACACACACAGACACAUGUACACACAGACAAACGCCGCAUCAUAGUGUAAAAAUUGUAAUUUCUUAAUUAAGGAUUGUUUGCCAUUAACGUUUAGCCUCUGGGGUGUUGUAUCCAGGCAGUCACCCAUAUUGUUUUUUGUACUUUGUGUGUGUGUGUGUGCAGGCAUCCACGCGUGCGUGCCUGUCUGUCUGCGUGCAUGUGUGCCUGCCUAUGUGUGUGUGUACGUGUGUGUGUGUGCCUGCCUCCAUGUCUGCCUGUACUCUGUGUGUGUGUGUGUUCACUAAACUGUGUGUCUAUCAUGUCGUGCAGCGGCUGACUCGUUUGACCAUAAGAAGUUCUUUGAGAUGGUGGGUCUGAAGGCCAAGUCGGCUGAGGAUGUGAAGAAAGCCUUCCUGGUACUGGAUGCUGACGCCAGCGGGUUCAUAGAGGAGGAGGAGCUCAAGUAAAAGACCCACACAGGGAGACACACACACACACAGAGACAGACAGACAGACAUACACAGAGACACAGAAAAACACAGACAGAGAGAGACACACACCGACACUUUGACUGACCACACACUCCUUGAUUUAUUAAACAAAGUACAGUGCGUGGUGACUGACCAGUGACCACGUGGACAUGCAUCCACAUCCCACAUACACACACAUACAAACACUCAUGGUUAUCUGUUUAGGCACCAGAGCAUUCCUAAUUGUUGUACUGUCUGUACUCAAGUCUCUCUACCCUCCUGCUGUUGUCCAUAGGUUCGUACUGAAGGGAUUCGCCUCAGACGGCAGGGACCUGACCGAUAAAGAAACCAAAGCAUUCUUAAACGAAGCCGACAAGGACGGGGACGGCAUGAUCGGCAUCGACGGUAAGAAAACUAUCUCUCUGACCGACGGACACGUACUCACCUGUGUCAUCACCGCGUAAUCAGACCAGAGUCUACAGAGUGUUCUAACCUCUUGUCUCUUCUUGUUCUCUUUCAGAGUUCGUUGCCCUGGUGCACGAGUAAUAGACACCUCCCUAAACCGACUAGUGCUCCACCACCCGGCCCCGAUACUCACUCCCCCUCUCCCAGUCCGCAGCCGACCCCCACAGGCCCCCCUCAUUCCUCCACCUACCCUCACUGACACCUAGCUCUCUCCCACUCAAGCGCACUACUACCACUGCACUGGAGGAAGGGGGUCGUGGCUCCCGCCCCCCCACCCCGCUAACUUACCCCUCUCCCCCACUCCCACCCACAACCCCCACCCCCAUCCUAUUUAUUUG